CAAAAGAAAAGUACAUUUUGGCACUGCGCUAUUCUAUUCUAACGGCCAUUUUAGCAACUCACGUUUUUGAUCAACGAGUGGAAUAAAUUAAAUGUAAAUCACUUGUUAAAAUAUAAUAAAAUAAAAUAAAUAUGGGAUUGACAAAAACAAGAGAAGUUAAUACUCGCAUAUGUGCUGAAGAGUGGGCGAUUACAAACAUAAGUUCGUAUUUAUUCAGGAAUAAUGAAAGAAAGUCCAGUGAAUAUUUUAUUUUGUCAUCUGGGUCUAUGAUUGAAGACAAGUGGUGCUUAAAACUGGAAUUUGAUAAUGAAGAUUCUUGGAUUACUGUCGAGUGUCAAUCUGGAUUUGAAGAUGGAAGUGUCAGGGCUACGCACAGUGUUUACAUGACAUGUGACACCAAGAGGCUUAAAUUCAUGGGACGAGCUAGUGGCGAGUAUGACGAAAAGUCUUGUGAGUCUGUGAUGUAUUUUUUAAGUGAAAAGACUUUCAAAGAGAUUUUAGAAAAAAAACAAAUUGAAGGAGACACUCUGGUGCUGCGUGUCGAGCUUCAGGUUUAUUUUGACAACGAUCCAUUUCCAGCUGAUUACCCAAUCGAGCUGGAUCAAAAUAAAGUGCCCAGUUAUUACCAGAAGUUGUAUUUUAACCGAGGAAAAAACAGUGACGUGUUGAUAGUGGUCCAGAAAAUGGGGUACCCGGUUCAUAGCUACAUUUUGAAGAAUCGCUGUCCAGAAUUGUUCGCUAAAGUUCGUGAGCAACCGAAUGGAAAGAAGAGUGUUGCAGCUGUUACUGACAUAAGUCACGAAGAGAUUAGAAAAGUUUUACAGUUUAUUUACCUGGGCGAGAUUGUUGACUUUGAGGAUUCCGCUUUGGGGUUGCUGGAGGUUGCUAAUCGGUUCAAGCUGGAAAUCUUAAAGCGAAUGUGCGAAAAGUCACUCAGCGAGAAUUACUUGACGUUGGAAAAUGCUAAUGAUUUUUUGAAAUUUGCAAAGCGUUGUGAUGACUAAAUAAAGUAUUUUCAUGUUAAUUUAAUUACUUAUUCUUCUCCUUAAAUUCAUCGAAAUUUAGUCUUUCGUUGAAAGAAACACGUUUGUGUUUGUAUACAAUAGUUUUUAGGUAAACUGACAAGUAGAAAAUUGUAUAAUUGAAUAAGUAAUAUGGUCAUUAUUCUUGGGGGAAAACUUUUACAUGAAAUAUUUAUGAAGAUAAAUU